UGAUGGGCGUGGUCUGAAGCUCCACCUACUCGUACUCCCGUGACACCAGAACAGAACCCCGGGAGAACAUACCAGAAAACCCGAACAGACGCCGCCGACCCUCACAUACAUACACAGCCGCCAAAGUCAUGCAUCCAGCAGCCGCUAAGUGGUACGACAGACGGGACUUUGUCUUCAUUGAGUUUUUGGUGGAGGACAGCAAGGAUGUCAAUGUAAAUUUUGAGAAGUCCAAAUUUGGUUUCAGCUGUCUCAGUGGGACAGAUAACAUGAAGUACUCAAAUGAAAUUGACCUUUUUGAAUCCAUCGAUCAAGACGGGUCCAAACACAGACGUACAGACCGGUCGAUCUUGUGCUGUUUACGGAAAGCAGAGUCAGGGAAAUCCUGGCCCAGGUUAACAAAAGACAAAGCAAAGCUCAACUGGCUUAGUGUUGACUUCAACAACUGGAAAGACUGGGAGGAUGAUUCAGACGAAGAUUUGUCCAACUACGAUCGCUUUUCAGAGAUGAUGGGCAACAUGGGAGGAGAGGAUGAUUUACCUGACCUAGAUGGAGCAGAUGAUGAAUCAGCUGAUAGUGAUGAUGAAAAAAUGCCAGAUCUGGAAUAAGUGCCUGGCAUGUUGUGGACAGACAGAGGAGGAGAGGGGGAAGACAUAACGAAAAGAGGAAGCCGUCACAUAAACGCUACAUGAUCUGAAAGAGAGCAAAGCUGAAUUCAAUGAGAGCGUUGAAUUCAUCAGCAUCACCUCUGUCUACUCAGUGGCUGCACUCCAGAAGAUCGUCAUACACCUCUGUUGGGAGUUAAUAUGCAUAUUGUUGUACAGAGCUUCGUUGUCCCUCUCCUUAUGAGCAGUCCUGGCUUUUUGUUUUAAUCUGUACUAAAAACAUGUAAACUUCAACUGUUUGGGAAAACCUGCACUGUAUUCAUAUUUUUUCAACCGAAAAGCAAUAGAUGUGAUGGAAAGUUUCUUUUUUUUAUUGUAAGGCAUCGAAAUUAAACUGAAAAGUGAAACUUUGCAGAGGUGGAGAGAGUUUGUGUCUCGCAAAAUCUGUAGAUUACAAUCUUGGGAUUAAAGGAAAACAAUGAUUAUGGAUUUUGGAAAACUGUAAGUACCAGUUCAUCUCCCUAACAUCGUCUCUUGAGGUGCUACCAGAUUCAUUGGUUGUUGAUAUUUCUGACUCUCUCCAAAAUGAUCAAGUCUAUAUAAGCGCUGUAUUUGGUAUUGGACAGUUAAUGUCUUAUUACUCCAGUAUGAUACGUGAUGUCUUUAAAUGUAAAAGAUAGGAAAACAGAAAGGUAUUGAAUUUUUAAAUCUUAAAAAUAAAAAGACCAAAUAAGUUUACAUUAUCAAAAUAAGGUGUUAGACUACAUUAGGGCUACAUUAGGGCUACAUUUUGUGCACAUUGCUGGUUGACUCCUAUCAAUGUUUUCAAAAGAACAAAAAGCUUUCAAUUUUGUCUACCUAUUUCUAAUAAACUGCUCAAUGCUUAA